CUGGAUCAUACUGCUAUUCACGGGGCUGGGCGUAGUUUUUGUCUUCGAUCCAAUGGGAAACUCCCGUCCUCCUCAGCCUGGCCCAAUAGAGCCACUGGGAGUGAGAGACCUGGAGAGCGGUGGGGGCUCCCAGUUCCUGUCCACUGCUCGCUCAUUGGCCGCUAAUGUGUGGGAGUGCCGAUUGCGACUGUUGUGCUGCUGUCUACCACAGGACGAGAGCCACCAAGCAGCCUUCUCCAGUAUCUCACAGCUGUUCAGUGACUUCUUCUCUGACACAGACCUGGUUCCCAGUGACAUCGCUGCUGGUUUGGCUCUGCUGCAUCAGGAGCAGGACAAGAUGGAGCGCAGCAGAGACCCAGAAGUUCUUGUUUCUCAUAGCACUUCCUCUCCUAUUGAGAACGAUCUGCAGGCAGAGUUGGAGAAAGCAGCUCACUACAUGCACUUUGCUGCAGCAGCUUAUGGCUGGCCGCUGUACGUUUUUUCCAACCUUUGCACCGGACCCUGCAGGCUCAGCAGAGACUGCUGCAGGACUCGUGCUGCUGAGCAUGACAUUGUUGAAGGGGAUCACCUCGGCUGCCAUUUCUCAUCCAUCCUACAAACCACUGGAUUGCAGUACAGAGACUUCAUUUAUGUCUGCUUCCACAACCAGAUCUAUGAGAUCCCAUUUUUUGUGGCCCUGGAUCAUAAGAUGGCAGCUGUUCUUGUGGCAGUCAGAGGAACACUCUCACUGAAGGACGCUCUGACAGAUUUGUCUGCCGAUUGUGAGAACCUGCUCGUAGAGGGCGUGACUGGAGCCUGCUACGCUCACAAGGGCAUGUGUCAGGCAGCGAGCUACAUCUAUAAGAAACUGGUUAAUGACGGCAUCCUGAACCAGGCGUUCUCUGAUGCUCCGGAGUAUAAUCUGGUCAUCACCGGUCACAGUCUGGGCGCGGGCACAGCUGCAUUGCUGGCCAUCCUUCUACGCAGCUCCUUCCCCACCCUGCAGUGCUACUCCUUCUCUCCACCUGGGGGGCUCCUGAGUAAAGCUUUAGCUGAUUACACCAAGGACUUUGUAGUGUCUGUGGUGCUGGGAAAGGAUCUAGUUCCCAGGUUGAGCAUUCACAAUAUGGAGAUUCUAAAGAGACGGAUCCUUACAAUAGUGUCAAACUGCAAUAAACCUAAAUACUGCAUCCUGCUGCAGGGGUGUUGGUAUGAACUGUUUGGAGGAGAGCCGGAUGAUUUUCCCACCGAGAUGGAAAAUAGGAGGGAGCAUCAGCUUAGCCAGCCACUUCUGGGGGAAGAGUCGCUGAUAAUUCACCCCUCGGCGUCUUAUCAGAGCCUGGCGUCAGAUGACUUUCCUGCCCACACUCCCCCACACUUUUUCCUGCCUGGACGUGUUCUGCACAUCACAGAAGACGGGCCAUCAAGGAG